CAGCCUCCCUUGGUUCAAGCUAUUUUUAACGGGGAUCCAGAUGAAGUUCGUGCGCUGAUAUUCAAGAAGGAAGAUGUAAACUUUCAGGAUAAUGAAAAGAGAACACCACUCCAUGCAGCUGCCUACUUGGGAGAUGCAGAAAUUAUAGAGCUUCUCAUUUUAUCUGGAGCUAGAGUAAAUGCCAAAGACAGCAAGUGGUUGACUCCUCUGCACAGAGCUGUGGCAUCCCGCAGUGAGGAUGCUGUCCAGGUGUUGUUAAAACAUUCAGCUGAUGUCAAUGCCCGUGACAAAAACUGGCAGACCCCCUUGCACAUAGCUGCAGCAAACAAAGCUGUGAAGUGUGCAGAAGCACUGGUGCCUCUUCUUAGCAAUGUUAAUGUAUCUGACCGAGCAGGGAGAACAGCAUUACACCAUGCAGCCUUCAGCGGUCAUGUUGAGAUGGUCAGUUUACUUUUGUCACGAGGUGCCAACAUUAAUGCAUUUGAUAAGAAAGACAGGCGAGCGAUACAUUGGGCAGCAUACAUGGGUCAUAUUGAAGUUGUUAAAUUGCUUGUGACUCAUGGAGCAGAAGUAAUGUGCAAAGACAAGAAAUCGUACACACCACUCCAUGCCGCAGCCUCAAGUGGGAUGAUCAGUGUUGUCAAGUAUCUUUUGGAUCUAGGAGUUGAUAUGAAUGAAUCAAAUGCGUAUGGAAACACACCUCUUCAUGUGGCCUGCUACAAUGGUCAAGAUGUGGUUGUGAAUGAACUCCUAGAUUGUGGUGCUAAUGUGAACCAAGUCAAUGAACGGGGUUUUUCUCCUCUCCACUUUGCUGCUGCUUCAACACAUGGAGCGUUGUGUCUGGAGCUUUUGGUCUGUAAUGGUGCAGAUGUAAAUAUUAAGAGUAAAGAUGGGAAGACUCCUCUUCACAUGACUGCCAUCCAUGGUCGCUUUUCCAGGUCCCAAAUAAUUAUCCAGAAUGGAGCAGAGAUAGACUGUGAAGAUAAGAAUGGAAACACACCAUUGCACAUAGCAGCUAGAUAUGGCCAUGAGCUCCUCAUUAACACUUUAAUUACCAGUGGUGCAGAUACAGCAAAGCGAGGCAUCCAUGGAAUGUUUCCUCUGCACUUGGCUGCCCUGAGUGGUUUCUCAGACUGCUGCAGAAAGCUCCUUUCUUCAGGCUUUGACAUAGAUACCCCAGAUGACUUUGGCAGGACUUGUCUACAUGCAGCUGCGGCUGGAGGGAACCUGGAGUGCUUGAAUUUGUUGCUGAAUACAGGUGCAGAUUUCAAUAAAAAAGACAAGUUUGGAAGAACACCACUGCACUAUGCUGCUGCCAACUGUAACUAUCAGUGCCUGUUUGCACUUGUGGGAUCUGGAGCCAGUGUCAAUGACCUUGAUGAGAGGGGCUGUUCCCCACUGCACUAUGCAGCUGCAUCAGAUACAGAUGGCAAGUGCCUGGAAUACUUAUUAAGAAAUGAUGCAAACCCAGGGAUCAGGGAUAAACAAGGGUACAAUGCAAUUCAUUAUGCAGCAGCCUAUGGACAUCGUUUAUGUCUAGAACUGGUUGCUAGAGAAACACCUCUAGAUGUUCUUAUGGAAACAUCAGGUACAGACAUGCUGAAUGAUGCAGAUACCCGUGCUCCAAUAAGUCCAUUGCACUUAGCGGCAUACCAUGGGCACCACCAAGCAUUAGAGGUGCUAGUACAAUCUUUGCUCGACUUGGAUGUAAGGAACAGCACUGGAAGGACUCCUCUGGACCUGGCUGCUUUCAAAGGACAUGUUGAAUGUGUAGAUGUUCUUAUCAAUCAAGGAGCAUCAAUAUUAGUAAAGGACUAUGUUGUUAAAAGGACCCCCAUUCAUUCAGCAGCAAUCAAUGGACACUCCGAGUGCCUAAGACUCCUGAUUGGAAAUGCAGAUAUUCAGGCUGCAGUGGAUAUUCAUGAUGGAAAUGGACAGACUCCAUUGAUGCUCUCAGUCCUGAAUGGACAUACAGAGUGCGUUUAUUCAUUGCUAAACAAAGGAGCUAAUGUUGAUGCCAAAGAUAAAUGGGGAAGGACAGCACUGCACCGAGGGGCAGUGACUGGGCAUGAGGAGUGUGUAGAGGCAUUGCUGCAACACAAUGCAAACUUCCUUUUGCGAGACUGCAGGGGAAGGACACCUAUACAUUUAGCCGCAGCAUGUGGUCAUAUAGGAGUUCUGGGUGCUCUUCUGCACACUGCAGCUUCAGUAGAUGUUGUUCCCGCAAUAGCUGACAAUCACGGAUACACAUCUCUUCACUGGGCUUGUUAUAAUGGUCAUGAUGCCUGUGUAGAGUUGCUGUUGGAGCAAGAAGUGUUUCAAAGAAUGGAAGGAAACUCAUUCAGUCCCCUGCAUUGUGCAGUCAUAAAUGACAAUGAAGGUGCUGCAGAAAUGCUCAUAGACACAUUAGGUACAAGCAUUGUGAAUUCAGUGGACUCAAAAGGAAGGACGCCCCUUCAUGCUGCAGCUUUUACAGACCAUGUUGAAUGUUUUGCAGCUUUUGCUCAGCCAUAAUGCCCAGGUAAAUGCUGUGGAUUCUUCUGGAAAGACACCUCUGAUGAUGGCUGCUGAAAAUGGACAAACAAAUGCAGUAGAGGUGUUAGUUAGCAGUGCAAAAGCUGAUCUCACAUUGCAAGAUAACAAUAAAAAUACUGCACUACAUUUGGCAUGCAGUAAGGGUCAUGAAACCAGUGCCUUGUUAAUACUAGAGCAAAUUACUGACCGAAACCUCAUCAAUGCAACAAAUGCAGCUUUGCAGACACCCCUCCAUGUGGCUGCUAGGAAUGGGUUAACGGUUGUAGUCCAGGAACUUUUAGGAAAAGGAGCAAGUGUAUUAGCUGUAGAUGAAAACGGCUACACACCAGCAUUGGCAUGUGCUCCCAAUAAGGACGUUGCGGACUGUCUGGCUCUCAUUUUAGCCACCAUGAUGCCGGUCUCAUCAUGUAACACAAUGCCAUCUCUGACUUUAAACCACUACACCAAUCCCUCAAAGACAGUCACUUUUGACUCAUUGCCCCUCAUGAGAAGUGAGCACAGUUCAUAUUGCAGCUUCAACAAUAUCGGCAGGGAAGAUGGCUAUCCAUACACAGAAGAAGAUGAGCUCAAUGACUCAGACUCGGAGACCUACUGA